AUGUGGCUUCCCAGAACCUUCCACUGCAAAAAUGUUCCAGGAUACAAAGGAUACAAUCAUUAUCAAGAUAACAAUCAUCAAUCAAAUGAUAAUCCUUUACCAGGUCGAUGUCUGGGAGUUUUUGGACUGAAUAUUUACACGACCGAAAACCAGGUGCUCAACAUAUUCUCGAAAUACGGCCCCGUCGAUAAGGUGCAGAUAGUGAUUGACGCGAAAUCGGGCCGUUCGCGGGGCUUCUGCUUUGUGUACUUUAAGAAGGUGGACGAUGCCAAAGUGGCCAAAGAGCAGUGCUCGGGUCUCGAGUUGGAUGGCCGACGCAUCAGGGUCGACUACUCGACGACAACCCGUGCCCAUACACCUACGCCCGGCAUCUACAUGGGCAAACCCACCUAUAUGGAGGAGAGAAGCUAUAGAGGAAAUAGAGACUAUAAUGACGAUUACUAUGGAGGGGGUAGGGGAGGCGGCUACCGUAACAGUUACAGGAGCAGUUACCGACGUUCACCCUCUCCCUACGGUAGACGAGGUAAUCGCUACUUCAGGUCUCGAUCAAGGUCAUAUUCGCCGCCCAGACGCUACUAAACCGUGACUGACGGCUCUGGUGACAGAUUGUGACUCCCCAACAUUCAGUGUUCCAACAGCUGGAAGGGAUGAGAGGCUCCCUAACCUUUCAUGACGAUACCUCUGCAAGAGACAACCCAGCCAAAAAUGUACGGGAAUUUUGCUUCAUUCUAUUUACUAGCGUUACAAUCUUGAUCAUACCAAUAUCAACUAUUAUUAUUUAUAGCUACCGUUUUUGAACUGUUCUAAUUCUCUAGCUAUUUGAAAUUUUCCAAUUCAUUAGCUUUUUGAACUGUCCCAACCUGUUUUUUAGGUUAUGUUCCCAAUACAUUAGCUAUUUGAACUGUUCUAACCUGUUUUGUAGGUUAUGUUCCUGAUUCAUUCUCGUGUUCCAGUGUUAUUGUUUUUGUUCCUCUGUUCUAUUCUCCUAAUAAUUAAGUUUGUUCAUUGAGUCUUCAAUAUGCAAGCUUGAAUUUGUCCAAUUCAAUUUCAGCAGAUAACAUUACCACGGUAAUAUUUGAAAAGUUUUAGUGAUAUCAUAAUAUUCAUGAAAAAUCCUAGUGAUAUCGUGAUAUUGAUACAAAACUCCAGUGAUUUUAUAAUAUUUGUGCAAAACUCUUAAUGAUUUCAUAAUAUUCUUGCAAAAUUCUAGUAAUAUUGCUGCAAAAUGUAAAUUAUAUUUUUAGGUUAUAGUGUUCCUCUGUUUGGCUUCAUAAUAUGUUUUCAUUCAUCUAUUAUUAUUCAUUUAUUCAAACAUUACAAUGUUGGAGCAAACCCAAAAGUUACUCCCUGUUUGUCUAAAAAUUUACGAAUUGUAUUGAGGGUUCGUUCUCAAUCUCAUCGUCAUAUAACAAUAUUCAAAACAGUUCAAAAUUCUUCAAAUAAUAAUUUCAUCAACAGUUGACAGUCGAGAUAGGGAUUAUCGACUAAUAUCAAAACCUCUCAACCAAAAUAUUCUUCUAAUUUUGAUGUUAUGGUUCCCAGCUAUUUUUAAAAUUUACCAAUAUUUUUUGAGGUUAUGGUUCUCAAUUUCACCUUAAUUUUUUACCUUACCACCAAAGUAUUCUAUAAAGAUUAAUAGGAAUUUAUUGUGGUUUUAAAAUUCCUAUUAUUCUCCAAAUAUAAUUUAAUAGGUGGUGGAUAUGGUCCCCUUAUCUCUUUGAUACAUGGCCACCAAAAUAUUAUUAAGAAGUUUUGCAAUAAUUAUCAAAAUAUCAUAUAAUUGAUAAAGUGAAGUUCACAAUAUUUCAUUUAUACAUAACCCUACCACUAAAGUAUUUUGUAAAUUUUAAUAAUUUAAAAAUAAUUUUGAAAAUGUCGAGAUUAUGAUUCUAAAUUUCAGCACACUUUACCUCACCACUAAAAUAUUUUUUUUCAAAUCUUGUUAAUUAAAUAAUUUGAGGUUAGGUCUAUAUUGUACAAAAUUUGGUCCCAAAAUGGGAUGAAUAUUGAGGUAAAUAAUUUGAGGUUAGGUCUAUAUUGUCCAAAUUUGAUCCCAAAAUGUGAUGAAUAUUGAGGUUGUGCUUCUAAAUUUUCCAGCAUUACAUAACUCUGUCACCGGAAUAUUUUGCAAAUCUCAAUGUAUUUAGAUUGUAUUGUUCCCAAAUGUCAAUCAUAUUUUUAGGCUACAGUUUUGUUUUUUAAAUGUCAAAUAAUAUUUAUAGGUUACAGUUUUGUUCAGUUUGUUUUAAAAAUGUCAAAUGAUAAUAUUAUAGGUUAGGAUUUUGAAUUUUCGUGAAAAAUUUUUAGUUGUAUGUUGUACAUAGUAUAGUGAAUCUGGUUUGGUUACAAUUUACAGGAUUUGAUUACUAGAACUAUAUCCCAUAAUAACGAAAAUUUCUCAUGUAAAUAGUUAGGUUACCAAGAAGAAAGUCCCUUUGAUUUUAAUUUUGAGAGAAUUGAAUUUAGUUGACCAAGGGGUCCCAAUAUUUUGCCGAUGAACCAGUUUGCCAAAAAGCUACUUGCCCGAAUUGGUUAGGCUUUUCGUUAAACUGGAUUUUCGGCCAAAUUUUUGGUCCUGUCAUCAAUAUGAAAGAUAAUUACUAGGAAGUUGAUAAACACUAUUGUCCUUGGAUUACUGUAAAAUUGGGAUAGUAUUUUAGUAUUAAACACCAUGAUAGAUAACUAGAAUUUGUGGAGAAAAUUUUAAUGUACAUAACUGGAAAACGUUGAUAGAUUCAAAAACUACGAGAAUAUGUAUUUUUCUGAUGUUUACAUACUUUAAUUGAUGUUCAAAUUAGUUUAGGUCAUUUGUUAGGUUAGUUGGAAUUGAAAUCCACCCUUUGCAGAAUUAAAUUCUAUCUUACAUAAUUUGACAUAACCUUGAAAACAUUUUGUAAAUAAUCUGUGCAAACGCGAAAUUUGCAUAGAUAUUUGUAGGGUGUCUUAAAAAUUAGCCGUUAUGUUCUUGGUCGUUUUUAACUAGUUUAUCGACACUAAGUGGGCUAAAACCAUCCCUGCAAAAUUUGGCAUUUUAGGUUAGGUGAGGGUUUAUGUAUACCUUUUAUAAAAGAAUGGUGAAGAUUCUUAUAAAAUUGGUUAAUACUCUUCUCAAAUUUUUACUAAUAUUUCUUAUAAAUUAACUAAAUUUUAUAGUUAGCAUUCCUAACUUUAAAUUAGUUUGCUCUGAUUCAUUAAUCUUUGACCCCAACUAAAAUUUUGAGUUCCCUGUAACUUUUAAACAAUAACAUAUCAAAUAAAAAUCCAUUUAUUGUUUAUUAAACAUCUCUUUGGACCGUUUUCCGUAAAUUUUAUCAAUAUUUCUACAACCUUAUUAAAUUUUGAGGUUAGUCUCUCAACCUAACCUAACAGUAUAUUCCCAAUAUCCUCAUUUUCCAAUAUUUUAUUAAAUUCCUAGUGUCUUUGCUAAAUUUCUUCACACUGAUUUUAGCACAAAACUGUUGAAAUACAAUUAAAUUGGCCUUAAUCGAUUAGUUUUUCACAUUUCAAAUAAUUUUACCUAAAUUUUAAAGAUUUGAAAAAAUAUUACAGCCUCCUAUUGAAACAUGGUUUAUUUUCUUCUCGGUAUAACUUUGAUUAUUAUUUUAAAUUAAUAAUGUAUUCGACCUAACCUAACAUGUAAGUCCAAACAAUACUACAAUGGAAUACAUUACACCACUUUUAUUAAACGUAACAAAAAUUGAUUUAGAUUUCCGAAUCAACUGCAAAUGCUAAAUCUAUUUUGAAUUACAUAAUCUAUUGAAUCAAACAUAGGUACUCUUCCACUAUUGUAACAAGUUAAAUCCACAUUUUAUAUAGUUUUCGAAUCCUUUCUUAGAACACAUUACAAUGUCCAGUAUAAAUAAAUUUUAAAUAUUUAUUUAUUCAUUCAUGAUUCGACUAUAGUUUAGUGUUUUUUCCUGUGUCUGUGUGUCCCCCCUAAUUUAUUAUUGUUUCAUAUUGAUUUCAUAGUUUUGUUUAUAAAUUUUUAGUUCAAUUUUGCAAUAAGUUGUUUAAAUUUGAUGUGUACAGUACGAAAAUUUGAAAUAAAAUACGAGUUUUUAUAAAA